GGCACUGAGGGAGGAGGCAGGAAGCAGGCAGAAAGCAACGAAACAACAGUGCACGCUGCCGCCCGAGAAAGGAGCGAGACAUAAGCAGAACUGCCCGAGCGGUUUGCUUAGACGAGGCCUUCUUGCCACUAGCGCCCAGCCUACCCACUACGGUGGCAGAACAGCUGUGUGCUGUCCUUGGGCUGCUCUCUGUGUAGUCGAUCAACCUACAUACAUCACAUCCAUGACGCACACAAUGAGUGCGUGUAUGUCACGCUGAUCUAGCUCCUCCCCUGCCCCCAUCUCACCCUCUUCAUCAGGCUGAUGCUGAUGCUGCUGCUGGCCAUCGCCCUCGCCCUCGCCAUUGCCGUCGAUGUCGCCAUCCACAUCUGUACACUCAAGACACGCAAACAUACAAGUGGGCCCAACCACACACACACAUGUAUUCCACUCACCCUCAUCGCUGUCGCCGUCAUCCGCACUAUCGUCAUUAUCCUCUGCACACACACACACACAUACAUAUGAGCAAGACACCUAGCCAGGCGGGCUGGGCACUACACAGACCACUUACCCUCACGACCAUCGCCAUCGCCGUCAUCCGCACCCUCCUCUGCACACCACCACACACACACCGAUUCAUCCGACCGACAGACCGAGGUGGAGGCGGCCGGCUGCACACUCACACACUCACCUUCAAUGACUUCCUCCUGCGGGUUGACCAUCAUGUCUGCGUAGGUGCUGCCCAGCGCGCCGCCCACCAGAGGGGCGGUGGUGGGCCGGCGGUCCUUGAAGGCAGCCGAUGCACCACCCACUGGCGGCUCGUUGGUGAGGGCACGAACGCACACUGCAUUCAGCGAACAGCACACGUCAAAGGACGGCUCCAUCACUAGAGGAUCUCUGACCCCUUUCUUACCCAUGGUCAGGCCGGCCCAGAUGAUAAGGGCGAUCGAUGCGACGAAUGGGCCGUCGAACGGCGUCAGCAGCAGCUGCCGAAUAUCUAUAGGGGGAUGGCUACUGUCCAUCCUGCUCGCCACGACGGCGGUGCAUCCGUUAGGGGGCUGGUGGGGCGAGUGGUUGAGGAAGCCGUCCAGCACACCGCCGUGAGCAUGCCUGAACAGACCAGCACAUAACAGAGGGAAGAGGCCAUGAUGGAUGGAUCGAUGUGUGUCUGCCUGAGUGUCGUGUUUCCUGCGUACCGGUCCACGUAAACCCAUGGAGUGGCGCCCCAAUUCGCCAGUGGAGGGGCCAUGAUGACCCUCAUGAUGGUCCUCAUGACGAAGGCCGACGCCGAGGCAUCAGUGUUAUCCUCACCACCACUUGCCGUCCAGCCGCCCCCGUGCCAGCGGAUUCGGGAUCUGACGGGCGGGUUGUCGUUGAUGGUGUGUGGGUGGUAUGGGUGGGCGGGGGGAAGGGGCGGAUUGAUGUCCAGCUCGAAGCCCGGCGCGUCGCGGAGGGCACGCACACCGCCGCCCGGCUGGUCGAACAGCUCAAAACGGCCGUAGUUGCCACCGAAGUCGAUGUGUCGGCCGACUAUCUUCCACAACGCAAUCACGCGCACAUCCGCCAAAUAAGCCUACACAGACACCACACAGACAGACAGACAGACAGACACAGACAGACACACACAUACAGACAGACCGAUGAGUGCCAGCCACCCCACGCCACGCUCAUCUGCCCACCUGUUUGCUAUCGUGACGCUGCAUGUCGGCCACAGCGAGUGUGAUCGGCAGCUGACAGUAGCCCCGCUGCGCCGCCAACUUCAGCGCAUUGGCCACCUCAGUCCACUGCUGCGUGUCCACCAGCCAGAUGGCCUUCAGCAGCAGAGGGCGGUCCAGCUGAGCGUCGAAUGCGAUGAUGGUCUGCAGCCCCCGGGCCACCAGGCAGCGAUUGAGUCGGUUGCUCAGGACGGCGGCCGAGAAGUCGACUUCAUAGAGGAAAUGGGCCGUGACUCUGAGGCUGCCGACCUCCGACCGGCUGCACACAUACACAGAUGGCACAUCACACCCACCCACACACACACGCACACACACACGCCUGUCAACUGCCGCUCCACCUCCCUCAUUGAUUGAAUUUCGGGUGUGGUUUGCAUACGUGUGGAGGGCAUCUCUGUCGUCUUUGUGGAGGAAUUCCAGUGUGUGGUCGUCGAUAACGGCACCAUGGCGGUCCGCAGUGUGGUUGUUGCCCAUCUCGCCCUCUACGCUCCUGCCGGACGGAUCAGCUUCACACUCAUGCCAAUGAUGCUAUGGAUGAAAUCGAUGGUUUCCAUUGUCGAACACUGCAGGAGGUCAGGAUUCAGGCUGCCGACUGCGCACUAGUGGGCGUGGCGAGGGCGGUGGUAUGGUAAAACACAU